UUCGGCUAUCGCAGGAUCGGAGCCACCCCAGACGUGCGGGGAUCAGUGUGGAUCCUUGUCCAUCUGAUGUUGAAGCUUGCCGAGGCAACACCUCGACAGCUCCAGAUUCUCAUAUGAUGUUACAUUCACAGAUAUGCUAUAAACCAUGCACCAUGAAAAGAGCUUGCUGAGGUAUCCCUCUAAUUAUCAGCCUACAUUCUCACUACGUCCCUCCCACUCACCACAAGCUUCCCGGAGUCGCUUCUAUUUACCAACGAACUAUUACCCUCAAAAGCUUCCAGAUGGAAAGCACGUGGAAAGACAUUGUCGCCUCGUAUCCUCCGCAGGCAAUCGAAUUUGUGGGCACAGUCCUGGUUCAAGUCAUCUCCUUUUGGCUUCCAUCUCUCUGCUACCUUUCCUUAGACGCCUUGUUCCCGUCCUUCUCUCAAAGACACAAAUUGCAACCAGCACCCAGACAGCCUACCCGACAUGAUAUCUGGCAAUGCUUCGUGGUAGUGGUGCAGAACUCGAUGCUGUCCAUGGGCCUGCAUCUCUUCCAAAUUUUUGUUCUCAAACGGGGGACUUCAGCAUUUCGAAUUCAAGCGUCGUUGCCACCCCUGGCCGAAUUCCUUCGUGACUUCAUCCUGAGUAUUCUUCUGAGAGAGGCGCUCUUCUAUUACAGUCACCGUUUUCUUCACAGUCCAUUCUUCUACGCCAGAAUCCAUAAGCGGCAUCAUAAAUUCACAGCACCCAUCGCACUGGCAGCGCAGUAUGCCCACCCCAUCGAACACAUUGUGGCCAAUACGCUUCCAAUUACUUUGCCACCGCAAAUUCUGGGGAGUCAUAUCCUUACCUUCUGGGCCUUCCUGGCUUACGAGCUCGUCAACACCGCGACAGUACAUAGUGGGUACGAUUUCUUCAAAAACAAGGCGAAAAUGCACGACUUGCAUCAUGAAAAGUUCAACUUGAACUACGGGUCCAUCGGCCUUUUAGAUUGGCUGCAUGGGACUAAUAAGCUUGAAAAGAAACGGAAGGAAUAGUGAUAAUCGAGCCAUGUAUAUAUUUGUUGAGGUUGCGACAAAAGGUCAAAAUGUUUGUCUAUCUCAGCAGUUUGUGCUUCGGCAAGUCGCCAAAUCAUCAUUCAUGCGACACCAGUCGUCAAAACUCUUGCAUAACUUAAUAUUAAUCAUGAAGGCUUGAUAU